CACAGCAGUAGUGCUAGUAACAAAGUGCAGUACGCUUUGUGCAUGACAACACACAGCACUUUCAAACUAGCCCCGGACACAUCACAUCCCUGCUUCCAUUAGUACGGAUUGCCUUACUCCAAGCCUGAACCUCUGCUGCUUAACAUGGAACUCAGGAAAUACAGUCUGAUUUUACACAGAACCGUUAUACUUCUAGUUAUCUGCCUCCCUGGACGAGGAUUUGCACAAAAUUGUAUAUCGAUCCCAUGCCAGAAUGGAGGCACAUGCCAGGAUACUCAAGAUGGAUUUGCCUGUAACUGUACCACACAACCUCUUGCUUUCACUGGACCACAGUGUGCCAUGCUUCAUGAUGCAUGUGCAGUCUAUGGGUGUCCAAACAACCACACAUGUCAUAGUACUCCUGGGUAUUCACAGUACCAGUGCUCUUGCAAUGCUGGAUUUAAUUGCACAAAUACAGGAUGUGACACUGACCCAUGUUCAUUACCAAACUCUGAGUGUACAGCCCUUGCCCAUGUAUUUAUUUGCAAGUGCCAAGCUGGAUACAGUGGGCCAAACUGUGAACAAGUGAUGCCUCCAUGCACACAGAAUCCAUGCAAGAAUAAUGGUACCUGCAUGCCACAAACUGGGAGCUACACAUGUCUGUGUAAACCUGGCUACACAGGACAACACUGCGAGGUCAAUGUAAAUGAAUGUGCAUCAAACCCAUGUCGAAAUGAGGCAAUCUGUGUGGACAAGGUGAAUAAGUACCUCUGCUUCUGUGUGCCUGGAUUCCAAGGAUACCACUGUGAAAUAGAUAUUAAUGAAUGUGCAUCCAAACCCUGCCAAAACAAUGGCACCUGCGUUAACUUGGUGGACCAGUAUGAGUGUGACUGUGCCACAGGAUAUACAGGUGUCAACUGUGAGAUGGAGAUAGAUGAAUGUGAAUCUCACCCCUGUCAAAAUGGUGCCAUCUGUAAGGACCACAUUGGAUAUUUCUCCUGUGACUGUCCUGCAGGGUACGAGGGUGAGUUGUGCCAACACGACAUUGAUGAGUGUCAGAGCCAGCCGUGCCAGAAUGGAGGGAUCUGCGUGGAUGCCAUUAACAGGUUCCAGUGCAACUGCAGUGACACUGGGUUUGAAGGAGACAUGUGUGAAAUUGAUAUUCCUGAAUGUGCCUCUAAUCCUUGUCUGAACAAUGCUACAUGUCAGGAGGGAGUGAAGAAAUACUACUGCCUCUGCUGGACAGGUUAUUCUGGGGAUCACUGUAACGUGGACAUUAAUGAAUGUUCAGAAAGUCCUUGUGAGAAUGGAGCUCUGUGUCUAGAACGAUCUAACCAAUCAUAUUAUGGCCAAGUGCCAGAGUUUGGUGCAGAUUUCAGUUACAGCCAAGCUUCAGGAUAUGUGUGUCGCUGCAAGCCUGGAUUCACAGGGGACAAUUGCGUAAAUGAAAUUGAUGAGUGUGAAUCAGACCCUUGUCAGAAUGGUGGGUCCUGUAUUGACUUCAUUGACCGUUUCUCUUGUCACUGUGCUCCUGGAUACACUGGUUUGGUAUGCAGUAUUGACAUUGACGAAUGUGAAGAUAGCCCAUGUGAGAAUGGGGCAACAUGCGUAGAUGUUGUUAAUGAUUAUUUGUGUAUAUGCCCUGCACCAGUCCUAGAUGCGGUUGCAUGGGGUGGUAAAAAUUGUUCCAUUAAGCUUGAGGGUUGCAAAGAACACAGAUGCCAAAAUGAAGCAGUAUGUAUUCCAACUUAUGAAGAAAAUAUCCACAACUACAUUUGCAAAUGCCAACCUGGAUACUAUGGGAAAGACUGUUCUAUACAAACAACAUUCUCUUUCACAUCUAAUGGGUAUAUUCUGUAUGACUUGCACACCAACAACAGAACCAAGAGGGAAACUGAGGAGAUCACAGGUCAAUUACGUGUUCGGUUCAGAACAACAUUAUCAGAUAUGGUCCUUAUGUACCGUGGCAAUGAGGACAACUAUCUCAUUCUUGAGCUUUAUGAUGGUUUGUUGCAUCUUGAGUUCUGGAGAAACUCCACUCAUUUGGUACUUUCUGAUCACAGACUAGAUGAUGGCUAUUGGCAUGAAGUAGAAGUUUUAUUAGAUGAGUACGUACAACUUAUUCUACAUCAUGAUAAUUGCACUAAUGGUAUGUGUUCCAAAAAGCAACAUGUUGGCACAAACUAUAGUUUAGAACUACCAGAAUCCUUUGACACAAUAUAUAUUGGGGGACUUGUAGAAGAGGUUAUGCUGAAUAACACUUUGAGUCGGCAAAAUUUCACUGGCUGCAUGGGAGACCUGAUUAUUGAUUUUAGAAUUCAGCUGCCGCAUAAUUUUACCAGAUUAUCUCAAAUGGAGUUUGGAUGCAAUAAAACAGAUUGGUGCCACCCCAACCCAUGUCAUCAUGGGGCGUUGUGUAUCGACCUCUGGACCAGAAACAAAUGUGAGUGCAUCAGACCAUACAAGGGUCCAACGUGUACACAAGAGUACACACCAGGAACGUUUUUCAGAGAAGAUAUGCCAAGUUAUGCCAUGUUCACAGUCCCCCAAAACAUAGGACACAAUUUUAAUGUAUCUACUUUCAUUAGGACUCUCAAAUUAGAUGGUCUCUUGAUGGCGAUCGUUAAUGGUUCCACAGUUUACUUUAGACUUUUCCUACAGAAUGGAUGGCUUCACGUUGCAACAUUGUCUGCACCACCCUUGGUCUUCAAAGAAAACCUCACAGAUGGUAGAACGUAUUUCAUAAAUGUCUCUGUAAAGGAAGGACUAGUCACAAUAACACAUCUAAAGGCGGAAACAAUACUGGGAGAAGUGCCAAACCUACCCAAUUUAUUUUGGGGUGAAUUAUAUGUUGGAGGAGUGCCUGUGGAGGAAGCCACUAUUGAACAACCAGGUGGAUAUUUUAAAGGUUGUCUGCAAGAUGUGAGAAUCAACAAUCACCAUUUGGAGUUUUUUAAACUAGAAACAGAAGAUGUAGAUAUGGAAAACACAUCCUAUCCUGUUGUUAGCAGUAAUAUCACGCAGGAUUGUAUUUCUGAUAACACAUGUGAUGCUGGCCCGUGCAAAAAUGAAGGCACCUGUACAGUUACAUGGAAUGACUUCACAUGCAAAUGUCCAUCCAGCUUCACUGGGAGAACUUGUGAAGAACCACUAUGGUGUGAGAAGAAACCUUGCCCUUCUGAAACUAUGUGUGAAGAUGUCCCCGGAGGAUACGUGUGUCUGGCCAAUGCCACAUUUUUAGGUGGCCAUUCAGUCAUAUUCUCUUCCAACGUUUCGACAGAUCAACAACUUACAUAUGUGUCCUUGAACUUCCGAACCAGAGAUAAGAGUGCUGUUCUUCUGAAAGCUUCUAAAGAUGUGGACUACAUUUCCAUUGCAAUUCAUGAUGGCCAUUUGCAGUUGAAAUUACAGACUGGAAAUAGUGUUGAACAUGUCCAGUUUGUUGGAACAAUAGAGAUUUCUGACGCCACUUGGCACAGAUUAGUAAUAAAAAUGGAUGAUCCUUCUGAACAGCUUUCACAAUGGAUAAUACAAUUGGAUAACGUAAUUAACAUAAUUCCAGAGGGUCGAGCUGGCAGUUUGAAUUUCUUGAGAAAGGAUGCUUCAAUUGUGUUGGCUGAAAAUUACACUGGAUGUCUUGGUCAAGUAACCAUUGGAGGGAUUCACCUGCUAUUUACAGACAAUCCAUUUACGCAACCGUUUAUUAGAGGUGCUGGUAUGAUGCAACUGGGGUGCAAAGGGAGCGAUGUGUGCAGUAAAAAGCCAUGCCUAAAUAAUGGAGAAUGUCGAGAUCUCUUUAACGCUUUCAGUUGUACCUGCAGGGUUGGAUGGGAAGGUCAACAUUGUGAGGUAGACAUUAACGAGUGCAAACUCAACAAUUGCACUCAUGGCUGGUGUGAAGACCUGGUGGGUGAUUAUAAGUGCAUCUGUGAUGCUGGUUAUACUGGAAGAAAUUGUGAAACCGAUGUGGACGACUGCCAGAACCAUCAAUGCCAGAAUGGGGGUUCCUGCAUUGAUGGUGUGAAUAGCUACACUUGCAAAUGCUCAGCCAGCUAUGCUGGGAAUUACUGCCAGUGGCCAUUUCCGCCGGAAAAGUGCAAUAAAAGCAACACGUGUCUAAAUGGAGGUGUAUGUAACAGUGGAAUCUGGGGAGCUAAUUGUACCUGCAGACCUGGUUUCAGCGGAAGGAGAUGUGAAGUUAAUAUUAAUGAUUGCGAGUCAAACCCAUGCCUUAAUGGAGGGACCUGCCAAGAUUCAGUAAAUAACUUCAAGUGUAUCUGCAUCUCAAACUACAGCGGGGUGCACUGUGAGAAACCACGUAUGCCCCGUGAAGGAAAGGCCUCUACAUUGGUUGGAUCUGCUAUAGGAACUGGGAUGCUAUUCAUUUUGCUGUCUGUCAUCACAGCUGUUAUGGUGACCAUGCGGAAAAAGAGAGCCACUCAGGGAACGUACAGUCCCAGCCGCCAGGAAAAAGAUGGUGCACGAGUGGAGAUGUGGAAUGUCUUAAAACUGCCUCCUACAGAACGCCUGAUAUGAUUAUUAAAUGUGUGGAACUUAUGCAAUGCACCAUUAAAUGGAAAAGUAUAGUCUGAAUGUACAUUGAAACAUUACUGAACUCUAAAGAAUGUGCAUUUGGAGACAAACUUCUUGCAUUGUUGGGAGAAAGAAUCCCCACCUUCGCACUUGGAAGAAACCAUUUCUAUUAUAGUAGAGGCGGAAGACACCAUGUAUACACUCUGGUAACUACUAUGCAAAGCUGAGCACAAGACAGAGAGAGAAUGCUUUGUAAUGAGAGGACAUUUCCAGGUUGCCAUUUUUUAUGUGUGCCCAUGUUAUUUGAGGGAGAUCUAAAAUAAAAUGGUUCAAAUAAAUGUAUUACAAGUUUUGAGAUUCAGUGAAAGGGACGAUAGAGAUUUAGGAUGGUAAAAAGUGAUGAUAAAUCCUCACUAAAGGUACAUGACAAAGGUCAGAGACCUCCAAAAGCCCAAUACUAUCUGACAAUUAUGUUAUAAUUACAUUGAAGAAUUUAAAAUAAGUGCAUGAGCAGGUCUGCUAGAUUUAAAGAAUUGAACACAGGAAGCUCAGAUAAAAUUCAG